UUCAUUUUAGCAAUCUCGGAAGGAUGACAGGCUGAGUUGACCUUGAUCCCCUGGAUGGGAUUGAACUCACAAUCUUGUGGUUUGUGAGUGAGUGGUUGCAGUACAGGCAUUUAACCGCUGUGCCACCACAGGGCUCCUAAAAACUGCUAACAAUUUGUGUUGGAAAUGUGGUAAAUAUGUUGGAAUAUUUUUUUCAUAUGUGGUGGGGUUGUAGCAAAGUAAAAAAAUACUGGCUCAUGAUUUGAGCCAAAAUGAAGAUAAUUUAACAAAAAAAAAAAAAACAAAAAAAAAAAAAAACCUCAAGCCCUGGCUUUUUCUUACUUGGAUUGUUUAACUUUGAAACCAAAAUUAAGAAAGAUAUUAAAACUUCUCUUGGUUAAGUGUUAGAAAACACCAAACAUUCUUAUGGAGGAGGAGUGGAUUGAAAAACUUGUGGACGUAACAAAAAUGGACAAAAUGACAUACAUACUUGAAGGUUCUUGGCUUUGUUUUCUUAGUGAUGUAUUUCUCAAGUACAGUCCACAUUCUCUGGGAAGCAAACCAAGGAAUUCAGCAGGGUGCAGGAGUCAUCAUCAGCCCUGCUUUACAGCUGUUCACUAUGGUCCUGGUUAUAUUUCUAACCCAGAUGGAACGACAGAAAGGUGUCCAAUCUUCAGGCAUUCUGUUGAUGUAUUGGUUACUCUCUUUUCUCUCCACUACAGUUUCGCUUAGCUCCAAAAUACAACAUGUUCUGGAAGAUGGUUUCGGAAGAGAUCCCUUCCAUAAUGUUACCUCAUAUAUUUAUUUCACCUUGGUCUUGUUGGAACUUGUGCUCUGCUGCAUUGUAGAUCAGCCUCCGUUCUUCUUUAAAGUUGCCAUUGACACUAACCCAUGUCCUGAAUCCAGAGCCUCUUUUCUUUCCAAAAUCACAUUUUGGUGGUUUGCAAGGAUGAUCUGGAAAGGAUAUUGGAAACCACUACAAACAGAAGACUUGUGGUCAUUAGCGAAAGAAAACUCCUCUGAAGAGAUUGUUACCAAGUUUGAAGAUGCCUGGGAAAAGAAUCAUGCAAGAGCUGAGCAAAUUUUGGAAUUUAUGAAACAUAAACAAGAGCAAGGAAAUAGACAAGAGGUUGAUGAAACUCCCAUCCUGCUUCAACAAGAAAAUAGCAAAAGCAAACCAUUGCUGAAAGCUUUCUGGAGUGUAUUUGGGACAUAUUUUCUUCUUGGGACUCUCUGCUUAGUUAUUGGUGAUGUCUUCUUGUUUUUGGUUCCAAAGACAUUAAGUAUUUUCCUAGAUUUCAUCACUGUUCCAGAAUCUCCUUCUUGGAAAGGCUAUCUCUGUGCUGCAGUGAUGUUCCUCUUAGCUUGUCUCCGGACAUUGUUUGAACAGCAGUACAUGUACAUGUGUCUUGUCUUGGGAGUGAGAUUAAAAACAGCAAUUACAGGCCUUAUUUAUCGGAAGGUCUUAAUUAUGUCGAAUGCAGCCAAGAAAGCAACAACAGUGGGUGAAAUUGUGAACUUAGUGUCUGUCGACAUGCAAAAACUAAUGGACCUCAUUAUCUAUUUUAAUGGGAUUUGGCUUGCCCCCAUCCGAAUUAUCAUCUGCUUUGUCUUUCUUUGGCAGCUCCUGGGACCAUCUGCUUUGAUGGCAGUGAUUGUUUUUUUAUUUCUCUUGCCACUGAACUUUGUUAUCUCCAAGAAGAGAACCCAAUUCCAGGAAGUUCAGAUGAAACAUAAGGACAAUCGUGCAAAACUUACCAGUGCUAUUCUCGGUGAUAUUAAAAUCCUCAAGCUACAUGGUUGGGAGAAGACGUUUGUGAGCAGAGUGUUGAGUAUACGAACUCAAGAACUGCAAGCUCUCAAGAUGUCUCAGUUUCUCUUCUCAGCAUCUCUCACUUCUUUCCAAUCAUCAACAUUUCUGAUUUCAUUCAUCAUGUUCACAGUCUAUACGUUGGCAGAUAAGGGAAACAUUUUAAAUGCCCAGAAAGCCUUUGUCUCUCUGGCUCUAAUCAACAUACUCAACACAGCCCAUUCUUUUCUUCCAUUUUCCAUUAACUCUGUGGUACAGGCAAAAGUUUCCAUAAACCGUUUAGCUGCUUUUCUUUCUCUUGAAGAUCUGGAUCAAACUAAAGCAGAGUCUGGUUCUUUAGAUGGCACUAAGGAUUGUAUUGCUAUAAGGAAUGGAACUUUCACCUGGGGCAGAGAAAGCCCUCCAUGCCUUAAAAGGAUCAAUCUAACCGUAGCCCAAGGCAGUCUGUGUGUUGUGAUUGGCCCAGUUGGUGCUGGGAAAUCUUCACUGCUCUCAGCAUUACUUGGUGAACUACAAAAAACAGAAGGCUCUUUAACAAUGAAGGGCACAGUAGCAUUUGUUCCUCAGGAAUCUUGGAUCCAAAAUGCUUCAGUGGAAGACAAUAUCAUAUUUGGAGAAAAAGUGGACAGAAAGUGGUACAACAGGGUGGUUGAAGCUUGUGCACUGCAGCUGGACCUGGAUAGCUUCCUGGCUGGAAGUCAGACAGAAAUAGGAGAGAAGGGAAUAAAUCUUUCUGGGGGACAGAAGCAGAGGUUUAGCUUGGCUCGUGCGGUUUACAAGAAGGCAGCGGUUUACCUUUUGGAUGACCCCUUUUCUGCAGUGGAUGCUCAGGUUGGCCAGCACAUCUUUGAGCAAGUUAUUGGACCAAACGGUUUAUUGAAAAACAAGACACGUAUUCUGGUGACUAAUGCAGUCCAUCUUUUGUCCAAAGUGGAUAAUAUUAUAGUGAUUAUGAAUGGAGAGAUCUCAGAAACAGGCUCUUGGCAAGAACUUGUGGAAAGACAAGGAACAUUUGUAGAAUUCUUGAAAUCACAUAGUGCAGAAAAGAAAGAGGACCAGAAUUUGCAAGAGAGAUUGAAAACAGCUGAUUCCACUGCUUCAAGAAGUGCUGAGAAUUUCCCCAAAAGAAAUAUAGCUUACUCAAGAAAACAUGAAGAAUCUACUAAGAGAGAUGGUUACAGACCCUCGGAUAUGGGAACAGCAGAACUGGUGGAAGAAGGCAAAGGACAAAUAACUGGAAGGGUUAAGACUUCCAUAUAUCUGAGCUACCUGGGAGUGACUGGGUCUCUCAUCUGGGCCUACAUCAUCCUUUUGUUCACUUUCCAGCAAGUUGCCUCGUUUUGCCGUGGCUACUGGCUCAGCCUGUGGGCUAAUGACCCUAUUGUCAAUGGAACCCAGCAACAUACUGAGCUCCGUGUCAGUGUCUUCUUUUUCUUGGGAUUUGCUCAAGCCCUUGGAAAGUUUGGGUCAAUAGCCACAGUGUUCUUGGCUGGGACAGUGGCAUCCCACAAAUUCUUCCAGCAGCUGCUAUGGGAUGUUGUCUGGUCUCCAAUGGCAUUCUUUGAACAGACACCCAGUGGUAACCUCUUCAACUGCUUCUCCAAAGAAAUGGAUGCCAUUGAUUCCAUCAUCCCAGAGAAACUGAAGUCUCUGCUUGGUUUCCUUUUUAAUCUGUUGGAGAUAUACAUUGUGAUCAUUGUGGCUACACCAAUAGCUGUGGUGGCGAUAGUUCCUCUGACAAUCUUGUAUGUUGUGUUCCAGAGCUUCUUCAUUGCCACUUCAUGCCAACUGAAACGCCUGGAAACUGCAAGCCGUUCACCCAUUUAUUCUAACAUUUCUGAGACUUUUCAAGGGCUCAGCAUCAUCCGUGCAUACAAAGCUCAGCAGCGUUUUAUUUUGCAAAAUGAUUUCAGUGUGGAUGAAAACCAACGAGCAUCUUUCCCUGCUGUGGUGGCUGACAGAUGGCUUGCCACAAACAUAGAAUUCUUAGGGAAUAGCAUCGUCCUGUUUGCAACUUUGCUUGCUGUGAUAAGCAAGCAACGCCUCAGUCCAGGGCUUGUGGGGUUUUCCAUUUCCUGUGCUCUGCAGAUAACAGGCAUUUUGAACUGGAUGGUGCGUGCUUUGGCAGAGAUGGACAACAACAUUGUGUCUGUAGAGAGAGUGAAAGAUUAUUCACAGACACUCAAAGAAGCUCCUUGGACUUCAGACAAUAAGCUUCAAUAUGAGAACUGGCCUACAGAAGGAAAUAUUGAAUUUCGAGGAUAUAGCUUACGCUAUAGGUCAGACUUAGAGUUCGCACUGAAGAAUGUCAGCAUACAGAUCAAUGGACCAAAAAAGGUUGGUAUAGCUGGAAGGACAGGUGCUGGGAAAUCUUCUCUUGCAAUGGGCCUUCUGAGACUAGUGGAAGCUGCUGAAGGAGAGAUCUUGAUUGAUGGAAUCAACAUUGCCCAAAUUGGUCUGCAUGAACUGAGAAGCAAGGUUACAAUUAUCCCUCAGGAUCCUGUUUUGUUUUCUGGGUCUCUGAGAAUGAAUGUUGAUCCCUUGAAUGAACACUCUGAUGAAGACAUCUGGACCGCUUUGGAACUGAUGCUGCUGAAGGGCUUUAUUCUGGAUCUCCCUGAUCAGUUGUCCUAUGAGUGUUCUGAAAGAGGUGGAAAUCUGAGUGUUGGCCAGCGGCAGCUCAUCUGCCUGACACGAGCACUGCUUCAGAAACGCAAAAUUAUCUUUCUGGAUGAGGCCACGGCAGCUUUGGAUCUUGAAACAGAUCUCCAGAUUCAAUCUACCAUAAGGACUCAGUUUAGGAACUGCACAGUUCUUACAAUAGCCCACCGCAUCAGCACUCUUAUGGACUGUGACAGAAUUAUAGUUAUGGAAAGUGGUCAGGUGGCAGAAUUUGACACUCCACUGAACUUAAUAUCCCAGAAGGGACUAUUCUACAGAAUGGCUGAAGAAUCAGGGCUGGUGUGAUGUCUGAACUCAAGGAAUAAAUUGUUCAGAAAGAUCAAAGCAAGAAAUGAACCAGAACUCACUUGAAAAAAAGGUCUCUGCUGGGUCUGAAACAGCCCUGUUUGAUGUCAAUAAGAUAGCAAAAUUGCCCUCCCUUCUCCUCUAUAGCAGUGCUUAUCAAAGUGGUGGUCCCUGGAGGAGUUUCCAGAAAAGAAAGAAAUUAUUGUUAUUGUUAUUAUUAUAACUACAUUUUCUUAUAUCCUACCUUUCUCC